AGAGGCAGGCAGUCUCAGGAACACCAGGGCUCAAGACUGCUGAGAGGGACCACUGCCUCCGAAAACCUCCACGCUCAUAUACAUACACAUACAGGUUUGCAUGACCACUGGCCCUUGCAAAGUGACCAGCGUACAGAGUACUGCACUCGGACUGGACUGGGCGAAAAAACUUACCGCCUUCUGUGCCUGUUUUCAUUUUCCUCCCAAGGCUUUUUUCCCAUCAAAAUUCUGCUGGUGCUGUGAAGACACUGACAACCGGAGUUUUAUACGUUCACAUCAAGGGUGAAUCAUGACUAGCUUGCUUCUACUGUGUGCGUGUUUACAUGUCAUCGUGGCAACGCCAACUUUUGGGGACCUCUCUGAUGGAGACGUGGACAGCACCCUGAGCGUCAGCAUCCCGGUAAAGAAGCCCAUGCGCCCCCUACUGGGCGGGAAGGUGGUGAUGCCCUGCUACUUCCAGGACAACACGGUGCAGGACCCUGGUGCGCCCACCAUCGCGCCACUUUCCCACCGUAUCAAGUGGAGCUACAUCUACAAGGGCAAGGUGUCCCUCAUCCUGGUGGCCUCCGACGGACAGGUGAGGGUGGAGACGGACUACCUGGACCGGGUACACCUGAUCAACUACCCAGCCAUCCCUACUGACGUUACCAUGGAGAUGUAUGAGCUGCGCUCCACCGACUCCGGCUCCUACCGCUGUGAGGUGAUGCAGGGCAUCGAGGACAACUACGACUCUGUGGACGUCCAGGUGCAAGGAAUUGUCUUCCACUACCGAGCCAUUACCACCCGCUACACGAUGACGUUUGAGAAGGCCAAGGCUGCGUGCCUCCAGAACGGAGCGGUCAUCGCCACCCCAGCUCAGCUCCAGGCCGCCUAUGAUGAUGGCUUCCACCAGUGCGACGCUGGCUGGUUGGCUGACCAAACGGUCAGAUACCCAAUCCAUGAGCCUCGAGAGGGUUGCUGGGGAGACAAGGAGGACUUCCCUGGUGUCCGCACCUAUGGUGUAAGGGAUGUCAACGAGACAUACGACGUGUACUGCUUUGCAGAGAAGCUGAAAGGCAAGGUCUUCUACUCCAUGUCUGUUGCCAAGUUCACCUUCUUUGAGGCCAUGGACCAGUGUGCCAACCUCGGUGCCCGCCUGGCCACCACUGGGGAGCUGUAUCUGGCUUGGCAGGCGGGCAUGGACGUCUGCAAUGCCGGCUGGUUGGGUGACAGAAGCGUGCGGUAUCCAAUCAACAUUGCCCGCCCCCAGUGUGGAGGAGGGCUCUUGGGAGUGCGCACCGUGUACCGCUUUCCAAACCAGACUGGCUUCCCCUAUCCUGACUCCAGAUAUGACGCCAUCUGCUUUGAGGAGAGCCUGGAGAAGGAGGAGGAAGAGGUGUCCUCUACUCCCCCUCCUCCCUUCCCCUUCCCGGAGCGCAGCACCACCGAGGGGCGCGUGAGCGUGGCCACGGUCACCUCCAGGCCCGCCAUCUUCCCAGUCCAGAGCAGACCCACGGAGGGAGAGGCACGUGGCACGCCCGACGAGACCACCGAGGUGCCCCUGCCCAUGCCCCCCACCUUCCCCAGCAUUGUGACCGAAGAGGUCAUCACCCGGGCAACCGCUCGGCCAGGCGUGUCACAGGAGUGGCACAGGGAGAAUGAGACAGGAGUGGUGUUCCACUACCGCUCUGCCUCCAGGCGCUAUGCGAUGAGCUUUGUGGAUGCCCAGCUGGCGUGCCAUAGUCAGGGUGCGGACAUCGCCAGCCCCCAGCAGCUCCAGGCCGCCUACGAGGCCGGCUUCCACCACUGCGCCGCCGGAUGGCUGGAUGACCAGACCGUCAGGUAUCCCAUUGUUAACCCUCGGGCCCGUUGCUCCGGAGAUAAGUAUCAGCAGCCUGGUGUUCGCUCGUACGGCCUGAAGGAUGCUCGCCAGCACUGGGAUGUCUACUGCUACAUGGAUCGCCUCAGGGGUGAGGUCUUCCACGCGAGCACCCUGGCAGGCUUCACCUACUACGAGGCCGUGUCCUUCUGCAAGAGGCACGGCGCCACCCUGGCCUCCACCGCCGAGCUGUACGCCGCCUGGCACCGCGGCCUGGACAGCUGCCACCCCGGCUGGCUCUCCGACCGCAGCGUGCGAUACCCGAUCCGCCACCCCAAACCCAACUGCGGAGGAGGCAAAGCCGGCGUCCACACCAUCUACGCCUACCCGGGCCAGGCCGGAUUCCCCAGCCCUUACUCCAGAUAUGAUGCCUACUGCUUCAGAGCUGACCUGUCCAUCUUGGUCUCUGAGGGCAAACUGGAUGCAGCCCAGAUGCAUAUGGAGCUUAACAUGACACUGAUCACAGAUCUUCUAAGGCCUGUACGCCCAACCAUCUCCCCCAUCUUCGUGGACAUAUCCACCUCUGGAGAAGAGUCUGGAAGCGGAAGCGCCUCUGGCUCUGGCUCUGGCUCUGGCUCUGGCUCUGGCUGGGACGGCUCUGACGUCUCCAUAAGCUACCAUGGAAUCGGAGGCCACGAUCACUCCAUCAAGACAGACGAACCCAAAGAGGCGACGGAGGGCAGAACAGAAAGCUUCUCCACGGACGUGAGCUCUGGGACAGACGACAGGUACACAGAGAGAGGAGGGGAGAGUGGCUCAGCUGUGGUGGACCUCCACUCCGGCUAUCCGAGCGGCGUCAGCAGCGGUGUAGGGAGCGGUGUCGGCAGCGGUGUAGGGAGCGGAGGAGAGUCACGCUGGGUCACCCUGGUGGAUGAACAGCUGGUCAGCAGCUCCGCAGCCCCCACCACGGAGCAGGAGAUGGGUAGACGACCCCACAUCGACGUCAGCGGCUCCGGGUUCAUCAGCGGCGGCUCUGCCAGCGGAUCCGCCUCGGGUUUCCCCGACCUGACAUUCGUGGACCGCGGCAUGAUCGACAUCACCGGCAGCGGAAGAGGAGAGGAGCAGGAGAUGUCCCGGUACCCGCACAUCGGCUCUGGUGACGUCAGCGGCUACGGCUCGGGGUACCCCUCUGGCUACUACCCCUCUGGCGGCUCGACCUCGGGGGUCACUCUGACGGAAGAUGAGGUGUUUGAAGUCAGAGAGAGGGGCCGGGAGACGGAGACGGAGACAGAGGCCAGCGCGUCAGAGAUCGAGCGGCUGUCAUUCGACACACAUGAGCAGUACGUGAAGGAGCACAUGAGCGGCAGGGAGCCGGUUGACAGCUGGCAUGACGUGACAGUGAGACCCACCACGACCUGGGUGGAGCCCGAGGUGUUCCCAACAGCUGAGGAGGACGUCACCGGCGAGCCACAUGUGAUGGUCGCCACCACCGCCGCUGGCAGCGCGGGCAUGGGCACCGGUGCCAGCACCACCACAGUGUCCAGCGUCACUACUGCCCCCUCUCUGCCACUGCAGACACCUGUCGUCGUGGAGGAACCGGCUGUCGAUGAGGGUGAAAGUGACCUGUGUGAGCCCAACCCCUGUGGCGCAGGGCGAUGCUCUGUCCAGGAUGGCAUUGCAGUGUGCCAGUGCCCACCAGGGCAGACUGGGGAGAACUGUGACAUGCCCGCCCAGCAGGGUUGUGAGCAGGGCUGGGAGGAGUUCAUGGGCAACUGCUAUCUGCACUUCUCGGAGCGUGAGACCUGGACCACAGCCGAGCAGCGCUGUCAGGAGCUCAACUCUCACCUCGUCAGCAUCACCUCCCAACAGGAGCAGGACUUUGUCAACUCCAAUGCUCAGGACUAUCAGUGGAUUGGCUUGAAUGACAGAGACGUACAGAGUGAAUUCAGGUGGACAGAUGGCACUACUUUGAGCUACGAGAACUGGAGACCAAACCAGCCAGAUAACUACUUCAACGCAGGAGAGGACUGUGUGGUGAUGAUCUGGCAUGAGAACGGCCAGUGGAAUGAUGUUCCCUGCAACUACCACCUCCCCUUCACCUGCAAGAGCGGCCCUGUCAUGUGCCCCUCGCCUCCUGAGGUGGAGAACGCACGGCCGCUAGGUCCCGCUAGGGAUCGUUACCAUGCCAACUCCAUAGUGCGCUACCAGUGUAACCCCGGCUACACACAGCGCCACCUGCCUGUGGUGCGCUGCCUGCCCGACGGACGGUGGGAAGAGCCGCAAGUGGAGUGUAUAGGCACUGGUAACGCCAACAUCCGGCUAAAGAAACGAUCCGUGAAGCAGCAGACCAAAUCGGCCAGCAGUCGGACAUUGCGGAAGCGCCUCUGAACUGGACAGAAGGGACUAACUCAUUAGGGAAAAAAGAAACGAUUUUGUUGAUGGCAGAACAUUUGUAGAUGGCAUAUUUUCACCUGACAAAGAAAAACUGAAAAACACAAAAAAGAUAUUAGAACGACUGCCCACCUUUUUCUUUAUAAAACCUUAGGUUUUGUAGUCUGCCUGGCUGAUUGGAAAUCAACAUUUGACUAUACAGAACUUAAAAAUAACUCUGGGCUUGGAAGGACAGAUUAUGUCUUCCUUCGAAAAGAGAAAGUGCAAUUGUUGGCUUCAUUUUACUAAUGCCAGCUCUAAGAUUGGUCCCUCUGAAGACCCAGAAUUGGGGCUAUUUUUUAAAAGCACAACAGAAACACAACUCUAGCUGACAAAAGGCUUCCUUGACUACAACUGGAUAUUUACAGUUACACAGCUAUUUUUUCAGAGUUUAGAACAAAGAGUAUGUUUUUUUUUCUCAGAACCACAGAAUGUACCGACAGCUGUUUCUGAGCAAAUAACAAGAAUACAAUUUUCAAAUUUGCAUGCCAAUGGGAACCAACAAAAUGAAUCAUAAAAUCUAUUUGAAACUGAUUAGCAAACAUUGAUGAAAUGAAAAAACGAUCAGUAAAAUACUGAUGCUCUUCUGAACAAUCUGUCCGGUUUUCUGCUCCAUAUUACAGGCACUGUAAUUUUAUUUCAGAUAUUGCACCCCAACAUCUCCGCAGGAUAGCUACCCAGGGAAACACUUCCAAAUUAUCAGCCAAAGAAUAUUUUCUCAGUAAUUGCUGAAGUCCAUUUCUGUCUGAUGGUUUUAAAGAAUCCCUGGUUGUGAUGAUGGUAGAUUUUUUUUCUUUUUAUGGAGUAGACGAAGUCUCUGAAAGAGGUCUUUGUCGUGUUGACAUUAACUGUGAAUGCCUCUUGGCCUGAGCAAUUCUUACUGAAGUAUGUAAAUUGAAAUGAUGCACACCAUUCUGGCCUACUUGGCAAAGUUGACACCGAUUACAUUUUUUUACACCUGCAGUUCAUAUCUUUCUGGACUUUCUGGUCCAGACAUGGGUACUGUAUGAUACCAGUUGGUUUACGAUAAAUUCAAAAGAAACCAAAUGCUGAUCAAUACUGUUUUUCCACAUUAGACUGUACUGUAGAGGACAACAACUGUCUCAAACUGGUGUCUAUCAACUGUCAAAUUAUCAUCACUGUCAAAACCCCUGAAAUAAAUAUUUGGCACCUAAUUUACUGCACAAUAGCAUGAUAAUUUAUGAUCGUGGGGUGGAAACAAAGAUGUUUAUGCUCAAGACAAAGAUAAAUGUCUUUGCUAUGUUGACCUUUUCCAUUCCUGACAGGUCAAAACCCAUAUGCAUGUAUCUGAGAAUGUAUGUUGUUGAGAGAUAAUUAAGAAUGUACUGGGUAAGUGUGCAAAGAGGUGCAUGCGUGCUGUGCAUGCAUAGGUGUGUAUGUGCGUGAGUGUGUGUAUACGUUUGUGUAUCUCUGUGCGUCUUCACAUGCAUGUGUGUGUGUGUAUGUGUGUGUGUG